CUUUCAGGCAAAUGAGCUCUGCAAUUCGUCUUGUUGGGUCACAUCUUCGCGAAUUGCGCAUCCAUCUUUGUCAGAAAAGUCCUGCUUCGGCUGGGGUACGCGCAUUCAUCGAAAGUGAUUACGUGGGAUUGAAGCAGGCAAAUCCGCACUUCCCAAUCUUGAUUCGUGAGUGUUCCGGAAUCGUCCCACGUGUCUUUGCCAGAUACGAGCACGGUAUAGAACGAUGCGUCGUUUUGGAAGAUUUACCCAAAGAUAAAGUCGCCUCUGCUAUCAGGGAGCUGUCAACGAUGAAUUAGACUUUAUAUUAGAUAGAAAUAGGGUACAGAAUGACGUACUAAUUUUUCUUGAUGUGUACAAAUCUAUUAUAUUCUUGCUUAGUCUAUCAAUAGAUAAUCAGUCAAUAAAUCUUGCUGACUGACCUCAUGCGAAGUAACCACAUCCUAUGUAGACUUUGAUGGGCUUUUGUUUCCUUGAACAUGAGACUGUCUUGGUGAAACGCGUUACCUGUUUGCUCCUUUAUAGCCAUCAUCGGUAGUAAAGAUUUUAGGAUUUU